AUGGUGACCCUUGAGGGAAUCCGCCUGGGUUGGGAAUGGCUGCAAUGGCUAGACUACACGCAUAUUCUGGGACUCAUGGUCUUCAUUUGGUGUUGGAAGGUCACUCCCUCGUCACAAUCUGCGAUUGAAAGAAGAUAUCGUCGACGGAGGAAUCAAAUCCCGAACGACGCGUUUCUUCGCCCGGGUAGGGUGUCCGAGGAAAAUGCCGGACCCGAAGAUGAAGUCGAGGCAGCUUUGGCCAAAGAAACGUUACUGGCAAAGGCGAUGCCUGCAUCUACUCUAGAAGAACGUCGUCGCUUCCUGUCGGCGAAGAAGGGGUCGAUGAAACACGCUACCAACAGUCUUGCGAAGUAUCUUGAAUGGCGAGCGGAGCACCAACUUUCCAAGGAAGCGAUCACCACGUUUCUUGUAUCGGAAGAUAUUGACUUGCAAGACUGGAAUAUUGCUGCGGCUUCAGCGAUCAAGAGACUGGGUGAAAACCCAUCAGCCGUGCUUCCACAAAUCGCUCGAAUGCAUCAUAUGCAUGCAAAGCCUGUUUGCGAUCGUACUGGAAAGCGACUGGUGCACAUUCUUCCUGGUCGAAUGGACGAAGGUGUUGCUAGUCUGACUGCUUAUGCUUUGGCUGUGGCACUUUAUAUUGAUCGCAAGUUGGAUCGGAAUUCAUCGGAGCUUGUUUGUGUACUUAUUGAUGCUCGUGGAGGGGAAGGUUGGCGCAACUUGAAUGCGGUGCAGCUCAUGCCCUUUAUUAAGCACACAAGCAAGCUCCUUUUGGAGUUGUUUCCCGAACGACUGUCCAAGGCACUGGUGUAUCCUGUUCCGCCAGCUCUGGCCUGGGUUUGGAAAAUCGUGCGACGAUGCAUCGAUCCGUUAACGCGAGACAAGAUAUGUCUGUUGACAGGUCCGGCAACGAUUGCAUCGUUGCCUCCGGUCAAGCAGAUGGAGGCUCACCUGGAGCCUGACACUGUGGAAUUCCUUGAACAGGAACGUGUCGCGGCUUUCUUGCCAACUCCUGCACCGUUGUAAUUUCGGAACAACCCACUUUUGUCAUUUUCUUUCUUGACUACAUGCUCCUGUAGAGCUAUUUGAAAACGGGUGUAUACGUUAAUGCUAUUAGCUUUUGUGAAUACUAUGAUUC